AUGGAACAAAACAACAGCUCUCCGGGGGGCUUCAUUCUCUUGGGCUUCUCUGACAAGCCCCAGUUAGAGAUAAUUCUAUUUGUGCUCAUUUUGGUCUUCUACAUCUUGAACCUAGUGGGGAAUAUGACCAUCAUCUUGGUUUCUAGUAUGGACCCCAGACUACACACCCCAAUGUACUUCUUCCUUACCAAUUUGUCCUUUGUAGACCUCUGCUUAACUACCACUGUGGCCCCACAGUUACUGCUCACGAUGAGAAGCAAGGACAAAACUAUGAGCUACAUUGGCUGUGUAGCCCAACUGUAUGUGGCCAUGGGGCUGGGAUCCACUGAAUGUAUUCUCUUGGUUGUCAUGGCCUAUGACCGCUAUGCAGCAGUCUGCCGCCCCCUCCACUAUGCAGUCAUCAUGCAUCCUCAGCUCUGCCUGUCUCUGGCUGCCACAGCAUGGCUCAGUGGCCUUGUCACCUCUCUUAUCCAGUGCUCUCUCACUAUACAGCUGCCCAUGUGUGGUCAUAACCAACUUGACCACAUCUUCUGUGAGGUGCCAGUGUUGAUCAGGCUGGCCUGUGUAGACACCACUUUCAAUGAAGAUGAGCUUUUUGCGGCCUGUGUGGUCUUCCUUGUGGUGCCUGUCUCUCUCAUUCUGAUCUCCUAUGGCUACAUCACCCAGGCCAUAUUGAAGAUUAAAUCUGCAACAGGACGCCGUAAAGCAUUUGGGACUUGUUCUUCUCACUUAGUAGUUGUAAUAAUUUUCUAUGGAACCAUCACCUUCAUGUAUCUCCAGCCAGUCAAAAGUAGGUCCAAAGACCAAGGGAAAUUUGUCUCCCUCUUCUACACUGUGGUCACCCCUCUGUUAAAUCCCCUCAUCUACACCCUGAGGAACAAGGAUGUAAAGGGGGCACUGAGAAAGCUGGUACCUGGAAAAGGCUAUUAG